AUGACUUUAACUGGAAAUCUUCUGAUUAUAAUACUAGUAUCAGUCACCCGUUAUCUCCGUUCCCCUAUGUAUUUCUUCCUCAGCCAAUUGUCAUUUUGUGACAUCAUACUCACUACAGCUAUUGUCCCAAAUUUAUUACUGGUUACCUUAAAAAAUGGCAGCCACAUAACAGUUAGUGAGUGCAUUGCUCAGUUAAAUUUUUUCAGUUUCUCCUCAACUGCAGAAUGUCAUCUUCUCACCAUGAUGUCCUAUGAUAGAUAUGUGGCUAUUUGUAAACCAUUGUAUUAUGUAAUAAUAAUGAAUUCCCAGUUUUGUGUUGGUCUAGCGAUGUUGUCUUGGGCAUUGGGUUUUAUCGUGACAUUGAUUGUUACUAUUUUGAUUAGUCAUUUACACUUCUGUAAUUCAAAUAAUAUUGACCAUUUCUUUUGUGAUUACAUACCUUUUUUUGAAGUAUCUUGUUCGGAUACAACAUUUGUAAAAACUGUGGCAUUUUUAUUAUCUACUGCAGAAACUGUGACUGAAACUGUGUUUAUCAUUUCUACGUAUGUUUGUAUCUUUCUCACUAUACAUAGAAUAACAUCCACCACUGGGAAACAGAAAGCCUUCUCCACAUGCAGUUCCCACCUCGCUGUCGUUUGCAUGUAUUAUGGGACUCUAAUUGCCAUCUACGUAUUUCCAUCAGGAGAGUAUUCAUUCAAUGUAAAUAAGAUUUUAUCACUUAUGUACACAGUUGUGACCCCUUUAUUUAAUCCUAUAAUAUACAGUUUGAGGAACCGAGAUAUAAAGACAGCUAUAAAAGGAUAUUUGAAAAAAUAA